AUGAGAUCCAUGAGCGGCUACGUGUCCAGCUUACAUCCAGACAAAUUUGAUCAGAUCACCCAAAAUGGCCAGCGAUGGCCUGUUACUGUCGCCGAGCUGGACUCGAUGAGGAGACACCUGGCUAGCGCAUCGCAGCAGAGGACAACUACAAAAUGGAAAAACAGCGAGGGCGAACGCUUCGAGGGCAACGUGUUCGGAUUUCAAGGCUCAGACGAUGUGGAGGAAGGAGUUUCUCUCCGAGACUCCCUGAAGAUCUACGUCUAUGACGUUGAGGAGUACCCGGAGCUUCAGACGCUUGCGCGUGGAGCAUCCUUUUGCCGCGAGAACCAGUGGGGCUUCGAGGUCAGCUUGCACGAAUGGUUUCUCUCAUGUCCCUGCCGCACUGAUGAUCCAUUGGAGGCGGAUUUCUUUUUCGUUCCUCACUACACCGCCUGCCAUCUGAACGUGGAGACGUUCACGGAGGCACAGUCUGACGAGCUUUUCAAGAGCCUGGUGCAACGACUGACACAUUACAGACGCUCACGGGGCAGGGACCACGUCUUCGUGUGGGGUGGUGGCUUUGGAGCCGAUGGGCCCUUCCGCUCAUGGCGUGCGCACGUCGAGGAUGCCAUCUUCCUAAUGACGGAAACGGAGCUUUGGAAUCCAUAUCGCGACAUCUCAACUCCCUCCUUUUCGCAGUGGAAGGACAUCUUGAUCCCCGGCAGGAUCUCCGUCGGGGAGGUGGUGCAGCUGUCCAAAGUCACGCCAAAGCCUGCAUCGCGGCAGUUCUUGGCAGACUUUGUUGGCUGGAAUCGACCCCUGCACAAUGCGCAGGGCGGCUUGAACUCCAGCUCUCCUCGGGAGCUCCUGCUUGAGAUGGCCAACGAGCCCGACCUUCACAUCCGCCAAGAUGUACCCUAUCGAGAGGCAACUGAAGGAGCGCUGUCUUCCCGGUUUUGCUUCGUUCCGAGGGGCAAGUCGGCAUGGUCCUCCAGGUUCUUCCGCGUGCUCUUUUCCGAUUGCGUGCCAGUCCUUCUGAACGACUUCUAUGAGCCGCCGUAUGGAGAGAUCUUCGACUCCUCCGGCUUCACUGUUCGAUGGCCCAUGCAGCAGGUUGGUCCCGAACUCCUGCAGGCUUUGCGGAUGGUUUCCAUUGAAUCGUUGGAAAAAAUGCUAGAGAAAGCGCACCGCCAUCGAUGCUGGUAUGUUUGGGUGCCUGCAUUCAUGGACCAUGACAACGUGGACGUGCAGAAGCAGAAGCUGGCGAAGCCAUGUCCAAGGUGGAGAUCCGAGAAUGCCUUCAUCGGAGUCAUGAGGCUGCUACGCCGCCGCCGCCGGGCAAGCCAUCUGCCCGCGCUGGGAAAAGCCUUUCACAUUCCCGACGAGGCCGGAGAGCCACUGCAGCUUGAGCCGGCUGUCCGAUGA